AUGGCAAGACAAUCUGCUACUGAAAUCGAUCAGAUGAUUCAGCGAGUGCGACCUACAAAUCGUGAUUUGGUUCGUCGAGAUAUUACUCAAGGCAUUCAUUCAACAACAAGUAGUUUAAAUCUAACUAUUGUUCCAUAUUAUUAUAAUAAUGGAACAUCAAAAGAAUUACUUUGUUUAAAAGGAACUGUAGUAUGUCGAUAUAAAGGAAAUCAAUAUAACAUUCCAGUAGAAAUAUUUCUUCAACAAGAUCAUCCAAUUGUUGCACCAGUCGCAUAUGUUAAACCAACACCUGAUAUGCAUGUUUCAACAACAAGUAGAGAUGUUCAACCUGAUGGAACAGUUAUUAUACCUUAUUUAAGAAAUUGGCGUCAUCCAAACAGUGAUUUAAAUCAUUUAAUAAAUGCAAUGUCUGAUGCAUUUAGUCAAUCACCUCCUGUGUAUUCAAGUGGUAGUAGUAGUAGUACUACUACUACAACUAAUUAUGCAACACCAUAUCCGACACAUACAUCAAUGCCAAUACCACCGGGAAUGGGAAUGGGUGGUAGUACAGCAAGUACAUCACAUUCAUAUCCAUAUGGAUAUCCACAGACAGAAAUUCCUAAAGAUGUCUAUCGAGAAUCACUUCAAGCAGCCGUUGUAGAUCUAGUUCGAAAUCGUUUAAAUGAAUCAAUACAAAUAGAAAAUGCACAAAUUGAUUCACUUAAAAAAAUAGAAUAUGAUUUAAAUGAUGGAGAAAAGAAACUUCAUAUAUUCCUUCGUGAUAUUCAACAACAACAAACUCAAGCACAAGCUUACAUAACCGGUAUAAAAGAAAAAACAAAUGAUGUAUUAGAUAGGGCACAAAAAAUGUCAUCAUCAGGAAAAGAAAAUUCCCCAGCAGAUGAUGCUCUUAUAACUCCUGCACCUGUUUACAAACAACUCUUACAAGCUUAUGCUGAAGAACAUGCUAUUCAAGAUUUAUUAUAUUAUCUUGCUGAUGGACUUCGAAGAGAAGCAAUUGGAUUAGAUGUUUAUUUAAAGCAUGUUAGAGAAUUAUCCCGUAAACAAUUUAUUUUACGAGCUACAAUGCAUAAAUGUCGACAAAUUGCUACUCCAUCUAUAAGAUAA